GAGCUAGCGAAGCAGGGCACGAGUUAGAGUAUUUGCAUACACAUCUAUUCCUCUUAUCACGCUUGAGAAUGCCUAGAGGGUAAUCUUUUAAAUGAAUAUUAAUAUUAUAUUAACCAGCACAUGGUAGAUGUUCAAGAAAUGUGUAUUGACCAUAACUGAAUUGUAAGACCUCUCUCCAAGCCUCAAUUUCUUCACCUGUACAGCCCCCAUCCGGAUUGAAAUCUCACCUACUCAGGCUAAGUAUAUGAAAAACAAAGGCAGUGCAGGGGUAAUUGAACUAUUCAUUAGAUAAAUGCUAUAAUGUCACUUUUAUUGUUUUCUAGGACACAGAGUAAUACCUACCUUGGUUAACAAAAGACCAAAGGAGGUGAUGCCAAAUGCGGUUAGAAGUGCUUUUAAUCAAAUAGUUCAAACGACACAUAAUUAACAUUGUUUUAAAGCAAACGGACACUUUAAAGUGGUGCUCCUUCCUCUUAAAGCCCCAACCAGUGCUGGAUUUAACAGCAGAGCCAUACAGCCAUGACAUAUGCUGCUACGGUCAACACUCAACCCUAAGUUUGACACCAAAAGAUGGCCGCCAUUUAUUAUUGUGACAAAAGGCCAGAUUACAAAACGCUGUGUACGGCCUGAUCCCAGUUUUACAAAAUACUCAUACCCAUCUAUCUACGACGGGGCGCGGGGAAAGGGGAGUCGUUUUAGGAAGUGCUGCUUAUUGCUGCCUGGUGUGGGAAAUUAUGAGUCUUAUUUUCUGUUUAUUCUUUUUACAAGAACAUUUUUAUAAAUGAAUGAAUGAAUGCUUUCCAUGGGUGGAUGAGGAUCCGGCCUGCCAGGUUGAGGCUCCUCUGGAACCAAGAGGGGCCGGGGCAGUAGAACGACAGGUGGCGGGGCUUUGGGCGGCUCCCUCCAGCCCAGGGAGACGCGAGGGCCAGGCCGGGCGCGCGCUUCACUUCCGGGAAGAGGAACGAGGGAGGGGAGGGGAGAGGAAAAGAAGGGGCAGGAGAGAGAGGCCGGGAGGUUGGGAAAGGGAGGCGGAAAGCAUGGAAAAGGGGCGCGGGAAAACGGGGAGGGCGCAGAGGGACACGGCCCUCACUGCCCCGGCCGGGGCGAGAGCGGCUCCGCCCCUCGAGCGCCGGGUAGGCCGGGGCCGGCGGGGCCCGGAAGGCGACGGGAAGGAGCCGAGCUUGGGUCAUGGCGGCGCCGGGCGCGCUGCUGGUGAUGGGCGUGAGCGGCUCGGGGAACUGGGAUGGAAAUUCUAUGAUGCUGAUGAUUAUCACCCGGAGGAAAAUCGAAGGAAGAUGGGAAAAGGCAUACCGCUCAAUGACCAGGACCGGAUUCCAUGGCUCUGUAACUUGCAUGACAUUUUACUAAGAGAUGUAGCCUCGGGACAGCGUGUGGUUCUAGCCUGUUCAGCCCUGAAGAAAACGUACAGAGACAUAUUAACACAAGGAAAAGAUGGUGUAGCUCUGAAGUGUGAGGAGUCGGGAAAGGAAGCAAAGCAGGCUGAGAUGCAGCUCCUGGUGGUCCAUCUGAGCGGGUCGUUUGAGGUCAUCUCUGGACGCUUACUCAAAAGAGAGGGACAUUUUAUGCCCCCUGAAUUAUUGCAGUCCCAGUUUGAGACUCUGGAGCCCCCAGCAGCUCCAGAAAACUUUAUCCAAAUAAGUGUGGACAAAAAUGUUUCAGAGAUAAUUGCUACAAUUAUGGAAACCCUAAAAAUGAAAUGACAAUGAUUUUGUAUCAGUGGUCCAAACAGAACUAAGCAUAAAUCAUUGUGCCAUCCCAAACCUCGUUCCAGCCGCCUUGCCCAUACUAGAUUCUAAAUGUUUCUAAAGGCAAACCCCAAUGUGUCAAGACAGACUUGUUUAGGUAUAAUUUUAGGAAUUACGCUGGUUCAUCAGGAAGCAGAGGGGGAGUUGUAAAAGUCAAGCUUAAAUUGAAGUUUAAAUUCAUCUGUAACCAAAUCAAAUGAUCAGAGGAAAUUCUGUAAUCAAUGCUGGAAAUCGUUACAUUGUUUAGAACAUUCUUGCUCAUGCCCGUAUUUGCACAAAUAAAUGAAACUUGGCUGUC